GGCUGCUGCGGCGGCUGCUGCCGCGGCGGCUGCUGCUGUUUGUAUCGCUAAUCCCCAGGAGCCCAGUUAAAAAAAAAAAGAAGAAAAAAGAAGGGGGGGGUUGGGUACCGGGCAGCUGUCUCUUUAAAUGUGAUUUCCUUCUAUUGUAUUUGAAUCGCGAUCAGGAAAAAGGAAAUGAAACCAGAGACAGAGGAAAGCUGAGCGAAAAUAGACCUUCCCGAGAGAGGAGGGAGCCGGGGGAGAGAGGCGCAGUCCCCUCCCGGCCCCCAGGCCGCCGCCCCCUCCCUGCCCUCGGCGGCUAGCUGCGCGCCGCGACCCGGGCCGAAGGGGCGAGGGGCGAGGGGCGGCCGGACGUUCGCGCCCCAUUCCCGCGGGCGGCGCGGAGCCGGCGACAGCGCGCGAGCCGAGCCGGACCGGGCGGCGGCGGGACCGGGAUGGAAGGGAGCGCGGUGACUGUCCUUGAGCGCGGAGGGGCGAGCUCGCCGCCAGAGCGCCGGAGCAAGAGGAGGCGCAGGAGCGGAGGCGGCGGCGCCCGAGCAUCCGAGGGGGUCCGAGCCCCGGCAGCCGGCCAGCCCCGCGCCACAAAGGGAGCGCCCCCGCCGCCUGGCACACCACCUCCCUCCCCAAUGUCCUCGGCCAUCGAGAGGAAGAGCCUGGACCCGUCUGAGGAACCGGUGGAUGAGGUGCUGCAGAUCCCCCCAUCCCUGCUGACAUGUGGAGGCUGCCAGCAGAACAUCGGGGACCGCUACUUCCUGAAGGCCAUCGACCAGUACUGGCACGAGGACUGCCUCAGCUGUGACCUCUGCGGGUGCCGGCUGGGCGAGGUGGGCCGGCGCCUCUACUACAAGCUGGGCAGGAAGCUCUGCCGCAGAGACUAUCUCAGGCUCUUUGGCCAGGACGGCCUCUGCGCGUCCUGUGACAGGCGGAUCCGUGCCUACGAGAUGACGAUGCGGGUGAGGGACAAAGUGUAUCACCUGGAAUGUUUCAAAUGUGCCGCCUGUCAGAAGCAUUUCUGUGUGGGUGACAGAUACCUCCUCAUCAACUCCGAUAUAGUGUGUGAACAGGACAUCUAUGAGUGGACUAAGGUCAAUGGGAUGAUAUAGGCCAGAUGCCCCAGCAUCUCUGGAGAGGUGUUUCACUGAAGUCACCGUCUCCGUGGGGUCUUCACUCUUAGGCAUUUGGGGGAUUUGAGGGUGGGCUGGGACAUUUCUUAGGGGAUGAAAGACCCUAAUUGGACACCAAGAACCAAUACACAGCAUCCAAGUGACAUAAUGCAAGGGAGCAAAACUUAAACGUGACAAAAUGACUGGCCUUGAGGGAGAACUUACGGACAAUGGCCACCGCCUAUGGGUAAUAACUGACAUGAUUAGCGAGGGAGAGAGUUGUUGGGGGCUUCUGUGCCGUCAUGAUGGAACUUCCCAUCUACAGAUGGGGACUUGUUCUACCCAGACUUGUUAUGUCUUUAACCCUUGAAAACUAGAGAUGUUUUUUUUUUUUUUUUUUUU